AAAUAAUAAAAUACCAAAAAAAAAAAAAGAAAAAAACUUAUCAUUUAUUUUAUUUUUAUAUAAAUAUUAUAUAUUCAAAAUAUACAUAUAAUGGAACAAAAGCAACAACAACAACAACAACCACAAAAUGAUCAAAUAACUAUUAAUAAUUUAACAAAUUCAUUAAGGAGAUCCAAUAUCAAUUCAGUUAAUGCUGGUACUAUUGUUCAAAGUUGCCUUUCAUUUUUAUUAAGAAGUUUAUCAAUUAAAAGAUGGAUAGAAAAGAUUUUAAACGAAUCAUUAGGAAACGAUGAUGAGGAUUCAGAUUUAUUAUUAUUUGGAAAACUUAUGAAUGGUGUUAUUCUUUGUAAAUUAAUGUCAACUUUAAAGAGCAAUUCAAUUCCAAAAAUACAUACAGGUGAUACAAUUUUAAAUUUCAAGAUUAGAGAGAAUCUUUGUUUUUAUAUUCAGGCAUUAGAUGACGUUGGUAUUAGCAGACACUUUCAAUUUCAAAUUGCAGAUCUUAUCGAAAAAAAGAAUUUACUAAAAGUAUUAGAGUCAUUAGAAGUUUUGGCAGAUGAUUGUACCGAUUUCGAAAAACCAAUAGAAUUCUCUGAUGAAGAGUCAUUAAAAAUUCAUUUUACCGAAAAACAAAUUAGCGAUACUGAAGCUCUUUUAAAGAAAUUAAACGUCACUUCUGUUAAAAGACAAGCACUUAAAAAACUAACUGGUGCCGAACCAAAAAGAUUUACAACUAGUCUUACAUCUAGUGGAUCUUCAUUAUCAUCUAGUGGUAGUGCCAACAAUCGUCUUUCUAAUAGUGGAACAUCAACCACAAGUAGUGGUAGUAGCGGCGGUCAAUCAGUUGGUAGUAGAUUAUUCCAGUCCAGAAUUGUUUCGACUCCAGCAAACAAUAAACCAAGAGCACCACUUUCAGUCGCACAAAUUUUAGAUAAAGCCAAACCCUAUGAAAAGAAAUGGAUUAGAAUUCAAUCAUUAGUAAGAGGACAUUUAGCAAGAAGAGCCUAUCUUAAAAGAGUUAGAUACGCCGCUUACAGACAUAAUAUUGUAAAGGAGCUUUUAGCAACAGAAAAGGUUUAUAUCGAAAACUUAGAACAUUUACUUUCUCAUUACUUUAAUCCAAUGCGUGAGGAAUCAUCAAAAUUAAAUAUAAAAAUGGAUCAUUUUGGUUUAUUAAUUUCAAAUUUGGAAGUUAUUAUUAAUUACAAUAAAAAUUUAUUGGAUAUCAUAAAACCAAAAGUAGAUAAUUGGUCACAUUCUCAAACCAUUGGUGAUGUUUUCGAACAAUUUACACUUUAUUUAAAAGUUUAUACUCAAUAUGUUAAAGAAUAUAGUAUCUUUUUUGAAACUAUUAAUAACCUUAGAAAAAAUAAUUCAAAAUUCGAAGCAUUUAUUGUUGAAAAAGAAUAUUCAGAUAAUUAUAAAACUGUUGGAACUUAUUUAAUUUUACCAAUCCAAAGAAUUCCGAGAUAUACUUUAUUAUUAACUGAUUUGGUUAAAAAUACAUGGGCUGAUCAUUUAGAUUACACAAAUUUAACAUUAAGUUUAAAGAAAAUGCAAGAGGUUGCAUUAUAUGUUAACGAAAAGAAAAGAGAAGCCGAAAAUAUUGCAAAAGUUACAGAAAUUCAAAAUAACUUUAUUGGUAAAUUUGAAAAUUUAGCUGAACCACAUAGAAGAUUCGUAUUUGAGGGACCACUCACAGUUAUUGGACCAAAUGGUAAAGAAUCACAUAGAGUUUUUUAUUUAUUUAAUGAUGUUUUAAUUGGUACUAAACCAAUCACAAGUGGUUUGGUAAAGAAAAAAGUAAAUUUAAAGGUUAAAGAAUCAAUUAGAAUGAAUCUAGUUUCAAUUAGACAAACAAAUAGAAAUUUAAUAACCAGUGAAAGAGAUAAUAAAGAAAAGAAUAAUGACUCUGUUGCUAGUGGUGUACCAACUAGAAUUUCAACAGCACCAAAAUCAUCAUCAGCUUCAUCUCUAUUAAGUUCCUCUUCAACUCCAUCAUCCUCAUCAUCAUCAUUAUCAUCAUCAACUCCAAAUGCAAAUGCAAAUUCGACAUCCACACAUUCACAAUUAUCAUCAUCUGCCCCCUCUACACAAUUUAAACCAGCAACCGUUAAACCAUCGGCUAAACCAGCUCCACCUCCAAGAUCACAAGCUACAUUUAAUGUCGCAAUGCCAACAUCAGAAAACAAACCAACUGCGGCUUUAGGUGCAGCUUCCUCACCAUCAAAUAAUACUACACCAAAUUCAUCACCAGUUAUAAAUUCAAAUGCAUCAAAAUUAACUAUUGGUGUUAAACCACCAUCACCAACUCCAGUCUCAUCAUUACAAUCACCAGUAUCUAGUACCACCACUUCAACAAAUAAUACCAUAAAUGGUAAACCAAGAGCAUCAACCACUGCUACUGGUGCAAUUCCACCCAUCAAUAGUCAUAAUCAAAUUAAACAACCAACACCAAUUACCGCAUCCUCAUCGUCGUCACAAGAAAGACUUAUUAUUGAAGAAAGAAUGAAGAAACAACAUCUUACAAUUGAACUUAUAGAUACUUUUGGUACAUGUAUAUUAAAAUUAUUAUGCUCAUCACCUAAAGAAAAAGAGCAAUGGAUUGGUGAAAUCAAGAAGGUUUAUGAAGAUCUCGACAAUAAAAAGAUUAUAAAUGAUGAUGCCAUGAAGAGAUCUCAAGAAAGAGCAGGUUUAGCCAAAGCUGCUUUAAGUCAACAAUAUGCAACUCUAAGAGUAAAAGGUAGACUUUGUGAUUUAAGCACUUUAAAAACUAGUUUAAAUGGUGAAGAAGAUGGAUCAACUCCAACUGAAGGUGCAAAUGGAGCAAACACAACAGCAACAGGUGAAAGAGAGUUUAAUAUUUACAGAAGACAAACAUUAUCAAGAAGAUCCCAAAACCCAACUAAAACUGAAGAAAAUAAAGAACAAUCAUCAAAAGAUAGUUCAAGUGACCAAUCUGAUACAGAUGAUAAGAAAAAUACUUCAGGAUCAGCAAUAGCAACAGAAAAAUCAAAAACAGGUACAGGCUGGUUUUCAUCACUUAGAAAGAAAAAGAAACAUCCAUCAAUACAAGAUACAUUUGGUUUGGAUACAUCACCCAUCACUCCAAUUGAUAAUAACACAACAAAUAAUAAUAAUAGUAGUACUACUACACCCUCAACUGUAAUUUUAAAACAAGAUAACUUGUAAAAAAUAUAUACAUAUAAAAAAAUAAUAAAAAAAUAAUAAUAUAAAAAAAUUAAUUUUUUAUAC